AUGACAGAUGCGGACGAGACUCUAGACGCGGGGCCGACUAUUGCCAUCCGUGUCACCCAGUGCUUGGCAUCUUUCCAAGAUUGUCUCCUCCGGGUAUCUUCUAUAUAUCCUAGGGAAUUCUCAAUAGUAGAAGACCAAGCUGCGAGGUUAUCUACAUGGGCUGCGAGCAUCGAGGUCUUUGCUCCUAGGCGAGCGUCCAUAGAUCAUCGCUUGCGAUACGCGCCGGAAGUGCAGAAUGUUAUCACCGGUCUGCUGGAAUCUCUAGACUACCGCAUCCGUGCUUGCUCGGAUGUCCUUAAUUUGCUGGGCAAAUUCGCGGCAUCGGAUGCUCGGAAUUCUGCAAACGAACGGCUCGAACAGUGUUUUGUAGACAUCGCGACUGAGAUCAGCCGCCUCAACAAGACUUCGAAAACAAUCCGCGGAGCCAGCAAUGAAGCCCAGGCUCUCAAAGUAAGAGAUUUUCAGAUCACAGACGACGAUGGCAAUAGUGUGGAGACUCUCCUACUCGGUUAUUUCGAAAACCACAUUGGCUCUCGGUUUCCCAAUAUUAACAAAAUAAUCCAACAGAGACUUGCUCGCGCAAUGCUCCUUCGACUAAAACUAAUCCUAUACAGGAGAUAUCACAAAGUGAAUACUUCUAUCCAGCCGCAGACAGCAAUUCCCAAGGCUUCCAUCACAUUAUCAGCUGCUCGGCCAAGUGUACCCUCUGCGCAUCGCGAUCCGAAACGGGAUAAUUGUCUAACUGCCAUCAUAGCAGCGAACACAAUUACAUUCCCACAGAUUCGAAGUGCCAUAACUUUCCCCCCCGACAACUUCAAGAAAGCCUCUUCAAGCCCUUUCGUUAUUUCAGCACGCAAGACGGCCGCCUUAGGUAAUCAUGAGGCACUCAUAUUCCCACCUGCUCCUGGUCUCGCUGCAAAACUGAGGUACAAAGAGCUCGAGAACAAACGUAAAUUUGAUUACAAUAUUGCUCUAAGGCUUGGGACGGCAAAAUAUUACGCUGAGUCAGAACGCAAUAAGUUGCUGAAAUCAGACCUCCAAGCAAUAGGAGUGAUUACUUGUCCUUAUUGCCUGUAUGCGUUCCCAGCCCAAGAGAUGUUCGAUGAGCAAAAUUGGCAAAAUCACGUCAAAAAUGACCUGGACCCUUAUGUGUGCCUCUUUGAGAAUUGCGAGGAUGCAGACCUGCUCUAUAACCACCGUGAUGAAUGGCUCAGCCAUUUGCAUCAGCACAGCAAGCACUGGCGCUGCUCCUCUCACCGCGAGCUGAGUCCAUUUUCUACCCGCGAAGAGUACAUCAGACACAUACGGGAAGCCCACAAUACCAAACUCAGCGACACCCAGCUCCGCAUCUUAGCGAAGAGGAACACCCGCAAGGCGGUGAGGCUGUUUUCAUCGUGCCCAAUGUGCGCCAAAGAUGCGGCCAAGGUUGAUGGUCAUCUGGAGGACCACAUCGCCGAGCACCUAAGAUCCCUAGCCCUCAAGUCUCUUCCAAGCUACCAAGAGGAGAUACCAGACGGCGCUGGAGGUGAGAAGGAUACCAUUGGAUCUUCAAGGCCACAAAGCAGAAGUACGAUUAGUAGUUGGAUGGACGACGAAGACAUACUUAAAUCUAGAACGAAACACGUCAGAAAGAAGCACCCAAAUACGAUCAGUAGCAUGGCGAAUCUCAUGACUAUUCCAGAAGAUGUUAAGGCCGCGGCAGUAAAUGGCAAGAAAGUUAUGCCAUUAUUUGACCGAUACAGCGCUGACAGUCCGACCUCGGAUACUGGUAAUGGCAAUUCUCUGAGAUCCCUUCUACAUUACUCGGAGAACAUCACCCGCUUCCUGGCUGACAGCAGUCAACGCUGUCCAACUAGCCUUAGCUCUAUUCAGACACAAGAAGAGGCCAUCGUAGCAGGAGAGGCUCGCAUGUCUCAAAAUCUAAGAGCUUUUGAUUUGCAGUUUGGCCGCGAUAAAUCCGGAACCUAA